GUUCACAAACUCUGGCUCCGCGCGCCCGCUCUCGUGCGUCAGCGCGCAGCCCCGUAGGAGACGUCAUGAGCGUCUUACUACCCAACAUGGCGGACUUUGAUACCAUUUAUGAGUUGGAAGACGAAGAGGAUGAGCACGUAGUGAGUGAGGAACACUUGCCCAGAUACUGUCCGGAGCCCGUGGUGAUGCGAGGGGCCGGGCACAUCACAGUGUUUGGACUGAGCAACAGAUUUGACACAGAAUUUCCCUCUGUUCUCACGGGAAAGGUAGCGCCAGAGGAAUUCAAAACCAGCAUCAGCAGGGUGAAUGCUUGUUUGAAGAAGAACUUGCCUGUGAAUGUGAAGUGGCUUCUUUGCGGCUGCCUGUGCUGUUGCUGUACAGUAGGCUGCAGUCUAUGGCCUGUUAUCUGCCUCAACAAGAGAACGAGACGGUCUAUUCAUAAGUUGUUAGAGUGGGAAAAUAACCGAUUAUACCACAAGCUGGGUCUGCACUGGAAACUCAGUAAAAGAAAAUGUGAAAGCAGUAAUAUGAUGGAAUAUGUAAUUCUUAUAGAAUUCUUACCCAAAUAUCCUAUAUUCCGACCGGACUGAGGAGGCUGUUACUGUAAAAGACUGGAUGCGUGGCCCUUGAAUCUUAUCCUUAGUGCCUUGUAUAUACGGUAUGUCGGAAUAAGGGUCUGCACCAAUGUCUCUCGUGAUGACCCUGUACAUCUCCCUGUACCUUGUACUUUAGAAUUUGCAACACUGUCACUUUGCUUUAGAGCAGAUUUUGCACAUAUUUCUUCCUGACAGAACUAGACAUGUCCCCUUUGUUGCACUCGGAUGUGUUUUUUGUGACAAACAAGUGAAACCCUCAAAAAGUGCAUUAACCCCAAAGAACCUUCAACCUGGAUCCCAUCUAUUAUAUCAGUAAUCCCUUGCAAAGAAUGUGAUGCCUCCACCUUCCUUAACUAUCCUUGCCUUAUGUAUGAUUUUCUUUUUAUAACUACAUGUAAGAGAAGUGGGAAGGCACUGGGUAAUUCAACAAGUCUGUAGAUUCAAAUGCUGUUUGUUGGGUUUCCUCUCUUCGAAUCCAGUUCUUUGCAAGUAGAUGGGAUGGUUGAAAUUGCCUAACGUACAGUGUACGCCAUCAUCCUGUGUUAACUCUUUACAUUUGACCCUCUGUAUAUGGGAACUAGCUAGUAAUAACUUGACCUGUAAAUACCAUGUUUUAGAAUAAGCUGUACAGUGGUAUACCAUUGUUUACAUUAAGUUACUUAGCUCAUUAGUUUUUUUGCCAAUAUAUUGCUGUACCAUAGUUUUAAAUAAUGAAAGAUGUCUAUGUACCUUUCUAGUUUAUAUGGACCUGUUUACCUUGUAAGCCAUAUAGUUACAAUGUACAUGAUGCCAGAGUUAGGACUGAUUAUUGCACUUGAGCCCAGUAGAAAGUCAGGAUUUCAGACGGUGAUGCAUCCUGAAGAUUCAUCCACAGCAGUGCAUGUUACCAUGUGGUCUUUGCCAAUAAAGAUGACAUUUAAUGAGUUGUCAUCCAUUAAAACUGGAGAUGGUUGCAUCUCUAAUGUGCAGUUGGAAGAUUAUGAUUUAAACCCAUCUCUUCCACUCAUCUAUUUAAAAAAAAAAAAGAAGUUUAUCCCAACUUUGCAUUAUUUUUUUUUAAUGAUUUGUACUUUUCCCUGUGCUGUGUUUACUCCUGAUGUGUUAGGAAGCACAUACGUCUACAGUACAUGGCGUAUCGAGCAGAUGGUUCUUUUGUUUCAGUCAUUCUGUCCAGUGUUAGUAUUAUUUUCCUGAAUCUUAUUGAAGAGAUUGCUGCAUUGUGUUUUAUUGGAGUGCCUCUGGAAUAGUCGGUGAACACAGAGAAGACAGGUUGAAAUCUGUUCUCUUGUACAAAGGAGAUUUUAAGUCCUCCUCCCUGUAUUGUC